AGCUCGUGCUCGUCCACGCGUCAAAUUAAACCAGCUCGUGCCCAGGUGCUCUGCUCUGCUUUGCUUCUCAUGUCCUUUCUUCUCUAUAAAACAGAGCAUACCGAACAGAGUGAAACCAGAAAAGAAGGAUAUCCACAAUUGGCAUAAACCUAAGGACAUAAUCACCAUCUCCAUGAUCACCCUUAUGAUCAACUUGUGAGAGAGGGUUUAGGGUUUUGUUUGAGAGAGAGUUGCAGUGAUUUUGAUUUUAUGGAGGUCAUGAUACCUUCGAUUGCGCUUUUAUUGGUACUAGCGAGCUUCGGCUCUGUUUUUUCUUCUCAUACAAAUGGUUUAGGCGAGCAGCCACUAGCGAGGAUCGCCAUACACAAGACCUCCCUGGCUCUCCGCGACUCGGCUUCGAUCAAAGCAUACCCGGUUCUUCUGGGCGUGGAGGGAGAGGAUGCUCAAUGGAUAACUGUGGAUCUUCACUACCCUGACCCCUCUAAUGAUGACUGGGUUGGAGUUUUUUCUCCUGCACAUUUCAACUCAUCAACCUGUCCACCUGUAGAAUCGAGAGAUCAGACCCCAUAUAUAUGUUCUGCUCCCAUUAAGUACAAAUAUGCAAAUGAGACCAGUCCAAGUUAUGCAAAGACAGGAAACGCUUCUUUAAAGUUCCGGUUGAUCAAUCAGAGAGCAGAUUUCUCUUUUGCAUUAUUUUCAGGCAGUUUGUCAAAUCCAAAACUUGUGGCAAUAUCAAACUUUAUAUCAUUUUUGAAUCCUGAAGCACCUCUUUAUCCACGCCUUGCUCUAGGAAAGUCUUGGGAUGAAAUGACAGUAACCUGGACUAGUGGUUAUGACAUAGAUAGAGCAGUUCCUUUUGUUGAGUGGGGUAUGGAGGGGCAGCUUGAAGUACGCUCAGCAGCUGGAACAUUGACAUUUCAUCAGAACAGCAUGUGUGGUUCACCUGCACGAGAUGUUGGUUGGCGUGAUCCAGGUUUCAUACAUACAAGUUUUUUAAAGAAUUUGUGGCCCAAUUCUAUGUACACUUACAGGAUGGGCCACAAAUUGACCAAUGGUUCAUAUAUUUGGAGCAAGACCUAUAAAUUCAAAUCGUCUCCAUAUCCUGGACAGGACUCAUUGCAGCGUGUUAUAAUAUUUGGUGACAUGGGAAAGGCAGAGCGUGAUGGUUCAAAUGAGUAUAGUAAUUAUCAGCCUGGUUCACUGAAUACCACAGAUCAACUCAUCAGGGACUUGAACAAUAUUGACAUAGUUUUCCAUAUCGGUGAUCUAUCAUAUGCAAAUGGGUACAUCUCACAAUGGGACCAAUUCACGUCACAGGUGGAACCAAUUGCAUCAACAGUGCCCUAUAUGAUCGCAAGCGGUAAUCAUGAACGAGAUUGGCCAGGGUCAGGAUCAUUCUAUACAAAUGAUGAUUCAGGUGGGGAAUGUGGCGUGCUUGCUGAGACCAUGUUCUAUGUUCCUGCUGAGAACAGAGCUAAGUUUUGGUAUCCGACAGAUUAUGGCAUGUUUCAUUUCUGUAUUGCAGACACUGAGCAUGACUGGAGGGAGGGAACUGAACAAUAUAAGUUUAUUGAGCGCUGCCUUGCAUCAGCAGACAGGCAGAAACAGCCUUGGUUGAUCUUUGCCGCUCAUCGUGUGCUUGGGUAUUCCAGUGGUUCUUGGCAUGGUCUGGAGGGCUCAUUUGAAGAGCCCAUGGGAAGGGAAAGCUUGCAAAAACUCUGGCAGAAGUACAAGGUUGACAUUGCAUUUUUCGGCCAUGUCCAUAACUAUGAGAGGACAUGCCCUAUUUACCAGAAUCAAUGUGUAAACUCGGAAAAGUCUGACUACUCUGGCACUGUGAACGGGACAAUCCAUGUCGUGGUUGGUGGGGGAGGCAGCCACCUUUCGAAGUUUAGUGAGCUGCAAACUGUUUGGAGUCUUUACAGAGAUUAUGACUAUGGAUUUGUCAAAUUGACUGCAUUCAACCACUCAUCUCUUCUCUUUGAGUACAAGAAGAGCAGUGAUGGGAAGGUCUAUGAUUCAUUCACCAUCUCAAGGGAUUACAGAGAUGUGUUGGCCUGUGUUCACGAUGGUUGUGAACCAACCACUUUGGCAACUUGAAGGAUGCUGCCAUUUGAUGUUAAUGAAAAAUGCACUCUUCCAUUGAUGCCCUUGCAUUGUAAACUUUUUCACAAGCAAUUAAGUUUAUUGUAAGCCUUUUCACAAGCAAUUAAGUUCAUGAAUAAUUUUUUUC